UCGAGUUAGAGGGCGCGCGCGUCGCGAUUUUCCUCGAUACUACACGCGAAUUUUCCGAACUAAGUGCAAUAAUUCAAAACAAUAUUCGAAUUUCAAUAUUUGUGUUCUCAAAACAGUUCUUGAUUAUCUGUUCAAGUUUUUGUUUUAAUUUGACGUGUUGUUUUUUUUUUUUCACUGGAUUUGUUUUGUUUGUGAUAGUGAUUAUUUUGGAGGUGGACAUCCGCAGUUAGGCAACUUACGUACUAAUAUGAAUCUGAGACCAGGCAAUUUAUCGGUAAAGAUAACAGACGCUUCGCGAUCGAUCAUCUUCAAUCAUCAUAAAUGAAAUAAAGUUGGCCGCCAACUGGUUUGAUGGCUCGGUGACGCAGUAUGAGAGUGCCGCUCGCCGCGCUGUUGCGGCUGCUACUUAUAGCAGGCGGCGUAAACUUCGGCAACCCAUACGGUGGCGACGAACGAGUAGACCUGAACCAAGUAUGGGUUGAAAUCCCAACUACGCUCGUGGCUUUGGGUGGAGACGUCCGCAUCAGAGUCCAAGGCAUCACCAGUGCCAGUCUGCGCGUCAGACUUGCAAGAGAAGACGACGAUGGACGCGCGCAACUCGCUACCAUGCCUUUGGCACUCGACGCUGAAAGCCGCAUGACGAUACCAUGUGGCUACUUCUCGAGAGGAGGCACUUACUAUUUGGAACUAGUUUCUGACAAAGAAUUUGAAGAUUACGAUAGCAAUAACAUAACAGAUUAUAGAGUAAAAAGAAAUGACGUUAGUAUAAUCGAGACCGGAGAUAGUUUAGUGAAAUCUUGGAAGUUUGACGUCCUAUGGCCGUCGGCUAAGUUAGACGUGACUCCAGAACAGAUUCAAACGUAUCCAGAGAGGCAAGUGACGGCCAUACUGGAGUUUCCGAGGGUAGUUUGUACCCCGGUAGAGUCAAGUGCGGAUUUUUGGUUGGAGUUGCUGUAUUGUGGACAUUCGAGUGGUGGUGCAGUGUUGUGUGAUGGAAAGAAUACGAGUUCUCGUGCUCAUGUCCUGUAUUCUGAGCAGAUGCACGGAUUCCCUGGCCGGAGGACAAUGACACUGCGAUGUGAGCUGUUCGGGCAAGCCGGGGACUACGCGCUCACGCUAAGGCCGGCUGCUGCCGCAGGACCCCAGGACUUGGCCUCUGCUUUCAUUAAGGCGGACUGGUCGGAACAGUUCGUGCUGAACGUCCACGGAGGGUCUGUGAUGCCGUGUGGAGACGGAGUCAGGGUGCUCUUCCAGUACCCAGAGUGUGUGCUAGAGGGCGCUGACAGAGUGCGCGUGUUUGGGAGGGAUGCCGACCGGCUGCGGUACGUCGCGGAACGCCGAGUGAGGAGGGGUCAACACACAGCGUCUUUCGACUGUCGGCUGUUCAAUGAGAGAUACCCAGAAUACUGCUUCGUCUACGUGUCUCAGGCCGUGACCGGUGCUGUAGCAGAUGUUAGAAUGGACUGCCUGCCUACGUUACCACUCUCUGAUGGCGGAGCGGGUGGUUGGGGUGAGUGGUCGCCAUGGUCGGCCUGCCCUGCGCCUGGUCACUGCUCGACCAGGACUCGCAGCAGACACAGGUUCUGCGACAACCCAGCACCGGCCUACGGCGGGAAAUAUUGUGAGGGUAACGCGGUGGAACUGGCAGCAUGUGAAUGCACGGCUAAGUCCUGGGCUGCAGACUCUUCAGUGGUGGUAGCUGAAGUUGGUUCUAGAUGUCGCUGUGGCUGUGUUUUACAUUUAGCGCCGGCUGCAAGGCUCCUAGCUGGAUCCGCGAGAGCGUGUCCUUCUAGAUCCUUCUGGUUACUUCAGGCUGAAGAAGGCUUCGUGGUUCGUCUGCGUAUGGAAGCCGUGCGCCUACCAUGCAUUGGUCAAGCGCUUAGAGCAAGGGAUGGAGACUCUUUAGGAUCACCACUCCUGGCCUCCUGGGAUGGACCUGACAGCUCUGCUAUGGCUGGAGAUGAAGUAGCAACUACCACAGACAGCACCGGCGUGGUGGAGAUAGCCGGUGGACGUCAUAUUUUAGUUGAACUUAGUUCAGGUGAUACGAGCGAAAGAUGUGCAGGAGGUUUUCUAGCCCACGCCACACAAGUUGAGCCAAUCCGCAAUGCAUCAGCGGCCUGGGCCUCAGUGAGUGCUGGCACGUGGUGGCGGGGCGGAGGCGGCGCGCGAGGGGCAGCGGUAGCAUUAGCAGCUGCAGCCGCGUUGGCUGCGUUGUGUCUAGCGCUGCAUUCUGCACACCGUACUAGGGCGUACCAACGAGCAGCUGAUAAAGAGAGCCUAACCGAUAGUGAUGCCUGCUCCGCUUCGCUGGAUUUUGGUGUGGCAGCAGCGGGAUCACGAAGCACACUGUUAUCAGACGUGGCGGGAGGGAGUGUGUCGCUACGGCGGCUGUUACCGUCAGGCAACACGAGGCACACGCGUCUGAGGGACCACGAGCGAGGGGAGAACCUGCAACAGAGGGACGAAGAAGAGAAUACAGACAUAGAGAACGAGCAAGCGGACAAUAUGAGCGUUGCGAGCGAACCGAGCGUGGCGAGCGAACCGAGCGUUGCGAGUCAAGCGACCGUCACUCCCGAGACUGUUUCAUCUAGCAGUGCGCCCGUUAGGAGUAACAGUGUUGCCCCCUCUCCGCUUAGAAGGUCGCGAACUAUUUCUGCAACAAACGUUGUCUUGCCUCAGGUCACAUCACCACCUCAACAGUCAACGAGCGAGACAGUGACGGUGGAACUGAGUACCAGCAUCACCAGCGUGAGUGAGCGGGACAGCUGCAGCGAGAAGGAUAGGGACAGCAUGAGCAGGGCUUCGUCUUCCAUGUCAGCUGCUACUCUUACUAAUGGUUGGUACUCACCAGCGUUGAGUGGCGUCUCCGCUGCAAGGAUCAGAGACAACCCUAAACACACGAAGGAGAGUUGCAACCGUCGCCUCUUGAGGUCCGACCUCAGUCUCACCUCCCAUCCUGAGAUGGAAAUUGAUUAUUACGAUUAUGAAGUUAAUAACGCUGGUUCAGUCCCAGGAUCAUAUUUGGGAAUGGACCCAGCAUUUUUGGUCUGGAUUCCACCUUUAGAAGAAGGGGAUAUUAUCAAGGAGAUUGACGAAAAGGCACCUGAGAUUGAGGCAAUUUUGCCAAAAGAACUGCGUCCAGAUCCAGGCAGCAACACAGAGUCUCCUGAAGAACGACCCACAUCCAGUACAUUAAAGAGAAAUACUGACAACCGCUUCAACCGAUCCAACGAAUCCAUCAAGUCAAACAGACGAGCAAUAGACAGAACGAACAUUAUCCAUCCUCUCAAUUUCAGCAUAAGUGAUUUGCAAAACUCACCCAAAGCCACUAAAAGAACUAAAAAACGGAGAGAUGAAAAUCCUGUAACCAUACCUAUGAAAGACCUUACACUUACUAGAUCACCAGUAAGAAUACAUAGAAGAGAUAACAGAAAUGACGUAGAUGGUACAUCAACUCUUAAAAGAAUUAACGACACGGCUAGAGAAACUAGCUCUGAUACAUUGAAAAGAACAGAUUAUUCUGAUAUAAGAUUCGCAGAUGAGAACUCUGAUUCGUCUAACGAAAUCAAGUUUGCUGAUGAUUCACCGGAUAGUAACAGACUUGUUGAUAAAUUUGAUGUUAAAGCUUAAGAGCUGAGCGGUUAUGGAAAUUUUUAACCAUUAAUUUAUAGUUUAGUAAUCACUGAUUUUAUUUUUAAUAUAUCAUGCCCAUUUGUUGUUAAGGACCAAUGUGAUUAAAUUGACAUAUAUGACUAUAUUUCAUAUCAUCAAAUUUUUGAUUUGGAUUUCACCAAAGUAUUGUCAAAUCUAGCUAAAUUAAUAUAAGUUUUUAUUAAGUUUUAGUAAUUUGAAUGUGACAAACAUUAACACAAUUAGAUUAAGUUCUUUAUUAUCAUUAUAUUAUUAAUAGAAGUUGAAAAUGUUCUAAUCUAGACCCUACACUUCUUUUUUUAUAAUUUGCAACAUCUUUGCUGAAAUCCAAAUUGUUUUAGCACAUAACAAGUAAUAUAUUUACGCAAAACAUUUCACCAAACGUAAAAGUAGGGACAAAAUUUAAUUAAUAAUUUAUCUUGUAGAUGAAGUAGAAUCAUUUCGCUGUCUAAGUAGUUUUCAUACCUGUCCGUCACGCUUUGCAUUGUAUAAUAUCAUAGCAACUUUAGGAUUAAUGUUAUAUGCCGUGUCGUUGGUCAACUAAAGCAGUUUAGAUGUGUCUAUAAUUAAAUUACGCAGCACUAAAGAGAAUGGAUUAUGGUAAGUUUAUUCGCUGAGUAAUAUGGUUAGGACUUUUCCGUUUUUAAUUUGAAUAACAGUAAUUCCUUAAACGAUAUUUAAACGACUGACGAUGUGGGCAGUGCAAUAAUAAAUUAUUUCCACAUUAGUUACCAAUGCAAUGUACAUGCAGUAUUCAUCUGGCAAUAACGUUCGUAUAAGAUUUAAAUUGAAAAUAUUAUGUGAUGAAAGUGGUUGCCAGCAGAUCAUUAUAUAUCCUCAGGGAUUAAUUCUGUUUAAUAAUUAAGUGAUUCAUCAUCAUAUAAUAUUUGAUUAUCAGUUCGUCCGGUUCUCGAAAGUUAAAUCGACUGGAGUUCUAAAACAUCAAUGGACUAUGAAAUCAAAGCAUAUCUUGAGAAGUCGGCAACGCGCAAGUGACACCCCAUUGCAUGUUGCAUAAAUGAAAAUUGACACUACGAAUCACACCUUUGACCUAUAAUUGUUUUUUUUUCAUCAAAUACUUUCAAUUCAGAUUGAAUACUCUAGUCAAGUCACGUGUCAAAGAUAUUUUAAAGUUUUUGUUAUUAGCUUUUAAGCAAAGGGAUGCAUUUAUUUUAAGCCGUUAUUUUACUAACUGUAUUUAUUCUGUAGAUCGUAAGUGGAUAAUGUUGUUUUGGUUUUCGAGAUGGCAUUAAAAUGUUUUUAUUUUGUAUUUGA